AUGAGAGCGAGGGCUUCUCUUUUUUCCUCCCUCGGUCGUGCCUCUUCAUCUGUCGCGGACGUCUCGAGGCCGGGGACAGUCUCGUCCCUCCUCUCUGUGUCCUUCCGCUCUCAGCGUGCACAAAGCCUCCAGCAUCAAGCCUCCGCGCGAGGCUUCACGUGGGGCGAAGCGCUGUCGCUUUCUCCGGAGAGAGGGUCUCAUCGCUCUAUGUGGUCUGCUGAGCUCUCGCAGGGCGGCGUGCCUCCGCGGUGUCGCGCGUUUCCACGUCCUGCCGUCCCUGCUGCGCGUCCAGCAGUUCUCCCCCCCACUCAGGUGCUGCAGCGGAUCUGCGUUGCGGCUCCGCAGGUCGCUGCCUCCGCUGCUCCUCUCGGCGUCUGCCUCUCCUCCUCGGUCUCUCGCCUUCCGCCGCUUCUUGGGCAGCGGGGCGGCGCACGCCCUUCGCUGCGUCGUUCCUUUUCUGGAGGCCACGGAGGAAUCGAGCGAACCCGGGGAGCGCGCGACGAGAGAGACAGCGAAACCCGUCACGGCAGAGAGCGAUCUUUCUGCGAAACGACUCUAGGUGACGAACGGAUUCCGUGGAAGGAGGGAGCGGAAUGCGUCACCCUCGAGGCUGUGGAUGCGGAAGCGCCGCGAGUGCCGGCCGGCGCACAGCCCUCGGCUGUACGUACACCAGCGCCGAGGGAGGCUGAGCCCCCGAGGACCCGCCGAUACUCGCUGCGGCGUCAGCGGGGAAGUGCGCUUUUGCACGCGUGGAAAAACCUUCACGCUGCGCUGCGCAUCCCAGACAUCCUGCAAGAGCAAGUGUCUGCCUCGCACGCCCCGCCCUCUGUGUUUCAGCCGCUGCCUCUCCAUUCUUGCGCCGUCUCUUCCGCUCUCUCCGGGGACGCCGCGGAGUGUACGUACACCGGCGCCGCAGAGUGGUCAGACGCGGAGGCCGGUGAGCCGCGCGGCGCCCGACCGGCCCGCACCCCCAGCGACGACAGCGCGACGGCUGAGGAUGGUGAGUUGGUACCGGCGCGCUGCGUCGAGGAGGAUCGCUUCUGGAGUCCGCUUUUCGCGAGGGAGGAAGGCGAGACGCCCAACGAAGGGACAAGCUCCGCGGCGCUGAGCCGCACUCUGCCGCCGCUUCCUCUACACGCCAGGAACAUGAGAAAGUACCCGACUUUCGGCGGAGCGGAGACGUCCCUCGCGGCAGCUCAGCCAGACGAGGAUGCUCUGCGCGUGGCGCUCUUAUCGCCGAAACCGGGGUCGAUGAUUCUCCCGCGUCUGCAGUGCGCUGAGGAAAGUCUCUUAGGAAAGAGCGCAGUGGCAGCGGCGUCUUUCCUCGAAAAAAGCAAACGGCGAGCCGAAGUCAAGAGAAAAACCGCGACGCAAGACGAUGCGAAAGACCGCGGAGGCGAGAGCGAAGGGCAAGAGGCGCAGCGAAGAGGCGCACAGGAGGAAACAAAGGCGGAGAGGGUCGGAAGAGACACGGAGGAGACGACAGCGAGAAAGCCUCAAGACGAAAAGAAUGUGCGGUGUGAUGCAGAAGAGAGGAAGCGCGAAGCGCGAGGCAGUGCAACGGUCACGGCGGGCGAGGGCGACGCGACGACACGAAAGGGAGAAGAACAGCAAGCGGACGACGCUUUCUGGAUGGAAAAGCAGCCUCCGGAACGCGAUCCACGUGAAGCUGAGCGGCGUGUACGUACAGAGGAGCUUCGCAGUUAUCUCCGCUACUUCAUCAGCACGCUGCACCACCUCGAGUUGGAGACCCUUCUUUCUCUGUUUUGCCAAAAACACCUCGAUUCCUUGAGUACCGAGCAGCUCCAAGAACUGCACGCGCUGUUGUUUUUCUCUCGCGCGCGAGACUCCAACGAAACCGCCCCCGAAGCCCCGAAUCCGCCCGCGCCGCCGGCCCCUGGAGAGGCCGAUGCAGUCGGCGAGAAGAGACUCAGCGACCUCAGAGCCGAGGGGCGAUACGAUUCGUGCGCCGUGCCGCAGGAGACGCGCACCGAAGGAGGAGUGGUACCUGCGCGCAAGACAGGAUCUCAAGAAUUGACAGCAGAGGACGCGAAUCUCGCUCGCGGCAAUCAGGUCGCGGGCGGCCUCGGGGAGCCACGUCGUGAAGGCGAGAUUCUGCCAGAGACCGAGUCCUCGCACGCAGAUGACGCCCACUACGCUGGAAAGAGAGAGAGCACGCCGGAAGAUCAGCGUUGCUCUGGAAGAAGGAGACGGAGAAAUGUUUCUUCUUCUCACGCGGCUCCUUCGCUGGACGCGGCGCACGCAGACGCGGAGACGUCUGGCGUGUACGUGGGGAGAAGCCUCACGGCGUUGUCCGCUCUCUGUGAACCCCCCGUCGAGGGCGUUCAGGAGACAAGCGACGAAGCAGGGCAACAGAAGAGUGACAAGCCUAGGCGGAGACGCAAGACGCACAACGACUUUCUGUUCUCGCUGCUCAACGGGACGGCCCAAAACAUGCCACUCGCCCUGCAGGGCAAUCAAGUUCUUGCGCUCCUCCUCCAUUACAUCCACCCCGACCAUCCGCUCCUGGCUCAAAUGGCGCUCCAACGCACAGGCGGCCCCCUCCGCGAAAGCGGGCGCUGA